AUGGCUCUUAAGAGAAUUAACAAGGAGCUCACCGACCUGGGCCGUGACCCGCCCUCGUCUUGUUCUGCAGGUCCCGUUGGCGAAGAUCUUUUCCACUGGCAAGCGACUAUUAUGGGACCUGGUGACUCUCCCUACUCUGGUGGUGUCUUCUUCCUAGCCAUUCACUUCCCUACCGACUAUCCCUUCAAGCCCCCCAAGGUCAACUUCACCACCCGCAUCUACCACCCCAAUAUCAACUCCAACGGCAGCAUCUGCCUCGACAUUCUGCGAGACCAGUGGAGUCCAGCGUUGACCAUCUCGAAGGUGCUCCUUUCGAUUUGUUCUAUGCUCACCGACCCCAACCCCGACGACCCGCUGGUUCCCGAGAUCGCCCACGUGUACAAGACGGAUCGAGCCCGGUAUGAGGCUACAGCUAGGGAAUGGACUCGCAAGUACGCAGUUUAA